CCUCUUAUUUACAUAGUGACGGGACGAGCCAAUCAGGAGUCAGCACAGGAGAGGAUUUGGACUCCUCUAGCCAAUGGCUGCGGGAGGUAUAGAGUUUUGGGGAGUGCAUAUAAUCAACAUAUUAUCGAAGGUGCUUAGAUAUUGAUCCUGUAUUUCGAGGUAGUUCAAAUUCGACUCUGCUGGACCUUCGGGUUUGACCUUAAUCUUCCCGAGCUUGGUGGAGAAUAACUGACGCGUAAAAUGCCGAAGAGAAAGUCUCCAGAGGGACCUGAGGGCAAGGAGGCCUCCAAAGUCACAAAGCAAGAGCCCCCCAGAAGGUCACAGAGAUUGUCAGCGAAACCUGCUCCACCCAAGUCUGAGGCCAAGCCCAAGAAGGCCAUUGUCAAGAAGGUUGCUGACGAUAAGGGGGUGAAGGCAAAGAAAAGCGCCGCUAAGGGUAAGAAGGACGACGGCCCCGCCCAGAACGGAGAGACCAAGACCAAUGAGAUCUACGUGUCUCGUCCGUCUGUCAGAGUGUCUUCCAACAGAAGCAUGGCUCCCUCCUUGAUGUCAGUGAGAGGGCAGAGUGAGACAGUCAGAGUUAAGGGUAACUGAAGCAGCGGAGGAGGCGACUGAGGAGAAGGCGUAAAGACACGGGAGCGUCCACCGACUCGUCCCCUCUGACUCCAUGGCAGCAAAGCAUCUUUUUUUACUGACGAUUUUUGUACCAUGCUAAAUUUUUUUUAGACUUGUAAUAGUAGAUACAGACAACCAGCAGCCCCUUUUCCAUUUCUUCACACUCCUUUUAUCUCCCAAAACCUUCUACUUCCUCCUCCAUUGUGUAUCGCCACAUGCGUCUCAGAAACAGAAAGACAGAAUAAAGUGUUUGGCUGUGGUCAAAUAAGUCUUUUUUGCUUAGGAAGUUUGAGUGGAAUGACCCUGAAGUAUCUAAGUGGCAGCCAUGAUAAGAGCUGGUCAAAUUCUCUAUAUGCUUAGGAAAGCUGCUUCAAUGCUUCCUUUCUUAUCUCCUUAAGGAUAGAGAACACAGGACCAUCCUUUACGAAAGGAAAGGAGAGAAUGCCGUCCCACAAUUCCUUGCGGCAGCAACAUUUAAGUAACACAUUCGGAUGUAUACAAAAGCAAACACACAACAUGGCUGACAAGGUAUGCAAAUUGUCAUGUAAGUUACUGAAACAAAACAGAAAGAAAAAUCUAAGAUGCACUUUUAUUAGUUCACUAUCUUUGGUACCCAUGUAGUUUUACCGCGGCUGAUCCACGUCGAUAACAUUUCGCCGUUUCACUAAUUACGUAGCCUGAGUACAGUCGGAUUCUCCUGGUUACGUGGUUGGGAUUUCCUAAGUCCUUUUGAAUUCUGAUUCACAUCUUUUUUUGAUUUCAUGACGUCUUUCCAUCGAGUUUUUGACUAUUCGACCGCAGCCUUUCUAUCAGCCGGCUGCAGAUGUUCUUUUAAUUGCCUAAAUGGGGGCCGUAAACACGACUGUUAUGAUCUCUAAACCAGCUCUGCCUAUAUUUAUCUCUAUGAAAGAUCAUUAUUGUAUUUGGCACUCUGAUGGUUAAAGUGAGGACUUGUGGAUGUACUGUAUAUCAGCAGUUCAGAUGCAGAGCUACAAGAAACUUCAUAGUCGCCAUGGAGAACAUCUGCAGCUUUUUAAAAAGAUCUUUGUUUUUAAGAUUCACCGCCAGGGUUUUACAUAGCUCCUUUUGUAUGUGUGUGCCGGAGUGAAUGUGUUUGUGGGUCUUUGUGUUUGACUUUAUUUCCCCCCUUUAUUUUUACUUUUACCCCCCUCCCGAGCGCCUUGUCCUGCAGCAGAGUGGCAUAGCAAUAAUGAGUGGUGCUUCUGUUCUAGACGGCUCUAUUGGCUUUGGACCCUCUGGGCUUCUCUGAGUUUCAUCCUGUUGGGAGAAUAUUUUGAAAUAAAAGGAAAAAGUUGAUGUCA